CGUUCCUGAAGCCCACACUGGACGAUGCUGGCCGUGUCGUGGGCCUGGUGGGGUUGUGCGUUGUCCCACGGCCCUAAAUAGGUCAGGGGGGGGGGAGAAGGUUGUGUUUUGAGAGGCAUUCUUGACUUCUGGAGGUUACAGAACUGGAGUUGGGUGGUUGAGUUCCACCUCCUGGAGUUGACUAUCCUGCUCUGUUUUUUGGGGGGAUUCCCUUCCAAGAGUGGACCAGACAAUGGCAUGGAGGACAUCUCGGCGUUGAGGUGAUGUUAGAUGUUACCCCAGGGCGAAUCCCCCUGUUGGUAGCUGAGGUGAUCAGGUGACCAGGAAAGGGAAGACAAGGUGGAGAUGGAACUGCCAAAUCAUGCCAAACAUUUGCUCCUGCAGCUUAACCAGCAACGAGCCAAAGGUUUCCUUUGCGAUGUGAUCAUCGUUGUCGAAAAUGCCCUCUUCCGUGCCCACAAGAACAUCCUGGCAGCCAGCAGCAUGUACUUCAAGUCCCUCAUCUUGCACGACAACCUGAUCAACUUAGAUACCGACAUGGUCAACCCUACCGUGUUCCGGCAAAUCUUGGACUUUAUUUAUACUGGCAAGCUCUUAAUGACCGACCAGCCUGGUGAGCAGAACUUCAAUGCUCUCCUCACCGCAGCAAGCUACCUCCAACUGCCUGACCUGGCGGCCCUUUGUAGGAAGAAGCUCAAGCGCAGCGGGAGGUCCUUCGCUGGCCGGGCUGGUGGAGCCUCCAGCGUCGGGCGGCCGCCUCGGAGUCAGAGACUUGCCACCGCUUCUGUCAUUACUCGUUAUUCAGGGUCAACCGAAGGGAUGAAGGGCUCUCAGCCGAAGGAGAUGCCAAAGGCGAAGGUCUCGGAUGACGAGGUCUUCAUGAACAGUUCCAACCAAGAGAAUUCUCACGCCUUGAGUAGGGGCCUGGGCGAGGGGAGUAACAGCACCAACGGGAGCUGUGUGGACCAGGAACUUGGGCUGGAUCUGUCCAAAAAAAGUCCCUCCCUGCCCACUGUAGCCCCCCAAGACGAUACCCCACACGGAGAGAGUCAGCGCGGCUCCCCCCGGCCUGCCUCAGCCCCCACCGCCAACAGUGCCUCAUCGUUCGAAGAGUCCAUCUCUGGAGCCCCUCCCGCCCUACUAGACAACUGCGAGCCCAUGGAGAUGGACCUCAGUGAAGACCGCCAGUCCCUCCCCGAAGGCAACCAGCGAAAGAGCCUACGCCAUUCAUCGCGCAAGAAAGAGUGGAUCAAGAAGGAUUGCGCCUUCGACCGGAAGGAGGGCGGGGGCAAAGGUUGCGAGGAGGGCGAGGGGUUGCCCAACGGCAUUCUGAUGGGCCCCUUGUGCAAGUCCGCCGAGCGCAGCCUAGGCCUGAGCCCUUACGGCUCAGAGCCACCGUUGCACGCCUGCAAAGAAGAGGUGGAGAACGGCAAAGAGAAUAGCGAGGACAGCGGCCAGAGUGAAAGCGAGAAUGGUGGGCACAGCAGCGCCAACUACGUCUACCGGCAGGAAGGCUAUGAACCGGUGGCCUUCGGGGACAACCUGUACGUCUGUAUCCCAUGCGGGAAGGGUUUCCCCAGCUCGGAGCAGCUCAAUGCCCACGUAGAGAAACACACGGAAGAAGAGUUGUACAUCAAGGAGGAAGGGACGUUCGAGGAUAAAGAAGAAGAGGCCGAGGAUUUGUCGAACCCCAACCAGCCCUACACCUCGGAAUCGCGGCCGUUCAAGUGCUCGGUCUGCGAGAAGAGCUACAAGGAUCCGGCCACCCUCCGGCAGCACGAGAAGACUCACUGGCUGACGCGGCCCUUCCCUUGCAACAUCUGUGGCAAGAUGUUCACCCAGCGGGGCACCAUGACUCGGCACAUGCGCAGCCACUUGGGACUCAAGCCCUUUGCCUGCGAGGAGUGCGGGAUGCGCUUCACCCGGCAGUACCGGCUGACCGAGCACAUGCGCGUCCACUCAGGGGAAAAGCCCUACGAAUGUCAACUGUGCGGCGGGAAAUUUACCCAGCAACGAAACCUCAUCAGCCACUUGAGAAUGCAUACCUCUCCUACAUGAAGCCAAAGUCUCUCCAAGGAGCUCUGAGCCCCUCCAAACCCACCCACCCACCAUAAAUACCCCUUAGACUUGCUGCUUUAAUACAGACUACACAAACGAGGGACGUUCGUCUCCCCUCUUCAGUCAUGGAAGGCGUGAACCAAACAGCUUUACUUUCUUCCUUCCUUCCUUUCUUUCUCCUCCUGUUUCCCUCCCCCCUUGUCUUUUUCCCCUUCCCCUAUUCCAAGGAAAAAAAAAACCCAGCCCCAAUUUAACUCCCAGACUCCUUCCCCUUUGCAUCAGCUUUUCUCUCAGGGCCUGUUGGGAUCAAAGUGGAGCAAGGAGCCAUUGUAGGGGAUGUGGAACCUCAAGAAGGAUCUCCACUGUAGAGGGAAAGUGGGGUGGUCUAGGAAGUCCUUCCUGGUGGAUGCCAAUCCAAAUUGAGGGCCCCAUGGGAAAGGGAGGAGGAGGGGCAAGGUGGUCUUUGUCGUGGAAGCAAGGGACUGCCCCUCAACUCCCCUCGGUUUACUUUCUUAGCACUUUGGAAUUGCUAUGGUAGAACUUCCGCCACAGUAUUAUUUUUGUUCUCUUCUGACCCAACUCCAAGAACACCCUUUAUUGGCCAAUAGAUGGCCUUCUUGGUUGUUGUUGUUUGCUUCUUUAAUCCAUUUGUGGGAGUUGGGUUGUUUAUUUUUUACAAUGGAUCUGGUUUCAGAGAUUAUCCCUCAAUGGGAUUGCAAUGGGAGAUGUUCCUUGCCAAUGGAGGCCAAUCGGUUCGUUCUUCCUUCCUUCCUUGGGGAAGGUGGCGGGACUCUUCAAUGGAAAGGACGCUUCCAUUGGCUGAAAGAGAGGAAGUCCCAUUGGCUCCGCCCACCAUCUCCUCCCCCCCCUCCAUUUCUACAUGGUGCUUUCCACUUAGGAAGGUUUUCUUCCAACUAUUCCUUCUCCACCAAGUUCUAAGGGAAGAGCUGGUCCGCCUUAACCAUCACACCCUAAUCUUGGACUUCUUCUGGUCCAACUCUCCUUCUCAACCUCUUUUGAUCUCUCGAGCCUUAUCCAUGACUGAAUGGGGGUGGGAGGGGCUGAGUGACACCCCGCUACCCGCUCCUCCCCAGGAAUUUCUUUCAAACGAGCAGGGGUCAUAUCUGUGUUAAUUUCCUUCCCUCCCUUAGUUUUUGUAUGGAUAUUUUUUGCUUAGAGGUACUUGUUCUAUUAUAAGAGGAAAAACGAUGCGUUUGUUCAUAUUGAUGUAAGUGUUGGAACCGGAAAGUUUGAGGGACUUUGGGCGGGCAGCGGGAAUGGACGUAGGCUGGAAAUGGCUACAAGUUCCUUUAGGUACCUUUUCAUUUUCAUUUUUAUUUUAUUUUUUACUUUGGGGUGCGCGUAUGUGUCUGUCCGUCUUGUCUGCACGGGGUUGUGUCCGCGUGCACUUAGCUUUUUCCCUCCUUCACUAAAGAGUUGGGUCAGAAUGGCAAGGGCCCACUUCCUUUUCUACCUCUUGAACUCACAAGAACAAUAAGAUGGUUAGCGAAAUAAUUAGGUGUGGUGUUUUGUCCCAGCCCUCUCCCCUCCAGCCUCCCCACCCCACCUAUCCCCCCAGU